UCAGCCACAAAUCUCCGCGGUCGCACGGAGACUUAACGGAGGGCAGCGCGGAUCGAAGAAUGUACAUAAAGACGGAAGGGACGAUGGUUUUAUUUUUCAGUAAUCAUCGCAAUAUCAAGCAAAUUAGUACUUCGGUCAUUCUCUCCCUUUCCAUAAACCAAAAAUGCAACAACAGCCAACAGUAGCCUUUUUUGGGGCAACGGGGGGAUGUGCCAAUGCGUGUCUGGCACUGGCCUUGCAAGCCGGGUAUCACUGCUCCGCCCUGGCUCGCACGCCCUCCAAGCUCCACAACCUGCUCCAGCAGCUGAACGUCCCCGAAUCCGCCAUUGCGAAAUACCUAACGGUCACGGAAGGUGACAUCUACGAUCACGAGGCCGUUCAGAAGACCCUCUAUCUCGAUGGCCGCCCCGUCGACCUGAUCGUCUCGGGCCUCGGCGGUAAGCCACGCUUCGAGUAUGGCAUCAAAGCCACCCUAGACAACCCGACCAUCUGCCAAGAUGGCGUCCGGACCAUCCUGUCCGCCGCUCGAUCGUGUCCGCAGAAGCCCCGGAUCGUGAUCAUCAGCACCACCGGCCUCAGCGACACGCGCGACGUGCCACUUCUGAUGCUGCCCCUGUACCAUUGGUUGCUCAAGGUGCCACACGAGGAUAAGAAGGUGAUGGAGAAGCUGGUCGAGACCGAGAUGCAGAAGCCAGAGGAGGAACGCGCCAUCGACGGGUAUCUGAUGGUGCGGCCCUCCUUGUUGGUGAACGGCGACGGCGAUGGAUUGUCGAAGAUCAAGACCGGCACCGACGAGAAACCCGCGGUGGGCUAUUACAUUAGUCGUCGGGACGUGGGUCUUUGGAUAUUCGAGAGGAUAAUUCACCAGGCAUCGCUUACGGAGGGUCAGUAUUGGGGGCAGAAGGUGUCCUUGACGGUCUAGGCAGCUGCGUGAAUUCUUUGACACAGACUUCUUAUCGCUUGGAGCAAUUGGG